AUGGCUAGAAGACCAGCUAGAUGUUACAGAUACUGUAAGAACAAGCCUUUCCCAAAGUCGAGAUACAACAGAGGUGUCCCAGACCCUAAGAUCAGAAUCUUCGACCUUGGUAGAAAGAAGGCUAGCGUUGACGACUUCCCACUGUGUGUCCACCUUGUCUCGAAUGAGUUGGAACAGCUCUCGUCCGAGGCUUUGGAAGCUGCCAGAAUCUGCGCCAACAAAUACAUCACCAAGAUGUCUGGAAGAGACUCUUUCCACAUGAGAGUGAGAGUCCACCCUCACCACGUUUUGAGAAUCAACAAGAUGUUGUCGUGUGCCGGUGCCGAUAGACUGCAACAAGGUAUGAGAGGUGCCUGGGGUAAGCCACACGGACUGGCUGCCCGUGUUGAUAUCGGACAAGUUUUGCUUUCUGUCAGAACCAAGGACUCCAACAAGGACGUUGUUGUUGAAGGUUUGAGAAGAGCCAGAUACAAGUUCCCAGGUCAGCAAAAGAUCAUCAUCUCCAAGAAGUGGGGUUUCACUCCAUUGAACAGAGAGGAGUACGCUGCUAAGAGACAAAACAACGAGGUCAAGGAUGACGGUGCUUACGUCAAGUUCCUGUCCACCAAGGGCUCCUUGGAGGAGAACAUGAGACAAUUCCCAGAGUACUUCCUGGCUUAG